AGAGUAAAAAAGCAGCGGGGGAAGGGAUUCGGCGGGAGCGCGGCACUCGCGAUCCGCAACUCCAGUCUCGCAUCGCCGCCUCCCAAGUGCACACUAGACUUUGCCAACACACGCCCCAAGCAGAAAUCGCUGCGCCGAUCCACCGGAACUGCAAGGAAUGCUCUUCGCCUGAAGCCUCAGCAUGGUGUUGGUUUCAGCAGCCGCCGUCUCCAGCUUCUUCCUCGCCACCGCCGCUUUCUUCCGCGGAUUCACCGAGCCGACCACCACCAACAGACCCACUCUCAGACCCAUCGUUCCGUUGAAUCUACGUUUCGGCAUCCCUGCUGUUGACCACUUGGAGGAGGAGGCGACCAACAAUCACAAUGCGAUUCCGUCAUCGUCGUCGAUUUCAACGAGCAGCGUGUCGAUAGCGCACGGCACGCACCACGUGCACCACACGGUGGCCCACCACGACGGCAACCUCUUCACGUCACGGCUCGACAACAUCGACAUGGACCGCAUCCUGAACAACCGCCGUCUCGUGCACAACUACGUCGGCUGCGUCGUCGGCAAGAAACCCUGCACCGCCGAGGGCAAGGAAUUCAAACGAUCUCUGCCGGACGUGUUGCUGACCGAGUGCGCCAAGUGCAGCGUGCAAAUGCAGCGCAACAUCGAGCACAUGGUGCACGUGCUGCAGAAGGAGUAUCCGCUCGAGUGGCAGCAGCUGGUCAAGCACUACGACCCUGACGGCAGCUACCGCAAGCGGUACCCGCACUACCUGCUGGCGUCGGACGACCUGGACGCAGGUGGCAGCACCACCGCCGCUUCGACCAGCACGCCCGCUUAAUUAGGAUUUUCUAACUGAGAAGAACCGCCGCCGCCGCCGUUGCAGUCGCGUGUGUCUGCAUAGACUGAUUCUUUGUAAUUUUGCGCAUUUACUAUAUGCUUCCCGAUAUUUUAUUAUUUCUUAUUAUUCUUCGUGUUUUCACUUUAAGAGGAAAUAAAGAGUAAAAUGACAUUUUUACCCGA